GUUUAACAAAAUAAAAAUCACCGGGAGGGCCCAAACUGAACACCUCUCUGGUUCUCUGCAGCGAAUAUACUGAGUUUGAAAUUCUUAGCAUGUUCACUUCCAAAACAAAACAACCCCCCCCCCCCCCCCCGCAAACAUCUGUGUGCUGGCUGACAGUACUGUACACAAACAUCAGCCUCUCUCUGUUCAUAAACACCGAGCACGCCUCGUCCGCCCAGGAUCACAGAGACACGCCACGCAAUGAUUUGAAAGGUUAAAAGUCGGUUGAGGUGUCUGAAUUGGGAUUGGCAACUUCCACCUUCUCCAAACCUUGGAGGCGUGUUGUAUAAGCGUUGGCUCCCACCCCGGGGAUGAUGUUGGGGAGGUGAAUACUGCUGGGUGACUCGGGGCUGUUGUUCUCUCGGCUGACGUACCGGGAGGGAGCAGACGAUGUGGGUUUGAUGCAGGGAGCCGGGACAGAGUCGAGCACUGGGCCAGUUGCAGAGGAUCGCAUUUCAGCGGCACUGGCGGAUCUCCGGAGUACAGGAUGGUACUGGGGAGCUCUCCAAGCAAACGAAGCCAACGAGAAGUUAAAAGAAGCUUCUGAAGGUACUUUCCUGGUGCGAGACAGUUCACACCAGGACUAUUUUCUCACCAUUUCUGUGAAAACUGUCCUGGGACCAACCAACCUACGAAUUGAAUAUCAAGAUGGCAAGUUCAGGCUCGACUCGGUGAUUCUCAUGAGAUCUAAGCUUCAGCAGUUUGACAGUGUGGUACAUCUGGUGGAAUACUAUGUGGGUUUAUGUCGGACACUACAGAACAGCCGCUGUCUGGCUCUUCAAAACAGAGGCAUCCAACUCUGGUUAACCAAACCUUUCUACACUGAGACCCCUUCGCUGCAACAUUUCUGCCGUAUCACCAUCCAUAAAGUGACUAGAGAGAUUGAAGAACUGCCUUUGCCAACUAAACUGAAGGAAUACUUGUCAGAAUAUAGGUAUCAGGUUUAAAACGCUCUUAAAGGAGGAAGCAAAUCUGAGGGAGAGCCUUUGUUCAAAGCAUCUCCCGCAGCCAGGAAAGCUGUCCCAACUUUGAAACAAAAACAAAAUUGCUGGAAAAACACAGCAUUUGUGGAGGGAUAUCAGAGAUAACAUUGCGGAUCCAGUCACCCUUCUUCAGAACUGCUUUGUUUUUGCCUGUUUUUCUUGUACAAUAUUGUCCAAUGUUUCCACCUCUGACACUCUGUUCUCGGUCUCUGCUGCCGAAUUUGGCGAAGUUUGUGCUUGCCUUGCAGCACUGAAGCUUAAUUAAUUAUUAAUAUAAUAUUUGAACCAGUUUACAGUCAACCUGAACCGAAAGGUCUGGAGCAAUGGAGUACUCUGCAGCAAUUCCCCUGGGAAUUGUCUUCCCCGUCUGUUCUGAUGGUUUAAAAAUAUUUUGGAUUGUAUGAAAUAAUUAAAUAACCUCACUAUUA